UAGCAGUCUUGGUCCUGAUUAAUUCUUUAAGCCUUUGAGAAAUCCCAUCUUUAAAAUUAACACAACAAUAUGAUACAAGUUGCAGGGCUCCUCUCUCUUUUUGUUUUUCUACCUCUUGUCCUCUUCUUAAAGCAUUUGAUAUUUGAAGCAUCAACAAAACUUCCACCAGGCCCUAAUGCAUGGCAAGUCCUAUUGAACAUUUCCCAAUUGAGAAACAAACCCCAUGUAGCCUUUCAUAACCUAGCCAAAAUCUAUGGUCCUCUCAUCUCCAUGAGGCUUGGGGCCCAACUCCUAGUAGUUGCAUCAUCACCAGCCACUGCCAAGGCUAUUCUCAAAACUCACGACCGGGUUUUCUCCGGGAGGUACUCACCGUCAAUAUCUUAUGCAUUCCCAACAACAUCACAGUCAUACACGAUGCGGUCGACGUCCAAGGAAUGCAGCGGUAUGUUUGAAUAUGCAAGUUGCAGCAUAAUGGAUCUCUUCUCCACGUUAAGAGAAGUUGAGUCGAAAGGCAAAGGAAGGAAGGAGAAGGUACUGAUGGAGAUGAUGGACUAUUUGGUUGGGAAAGAAGGUGAAGUAGUAAAGCUUGACGACGUAUUAAAAGCGACGUUUUUUAAUAUCUCUGCAAAUGUUUUAGCUUCAAGAAACCUGCUUGGCUAUGAGAACUGGGGAAAAGGCGAAAUGGCGAAGGAUUUGGUGAAUGAAAUUGAGGAGGUUUUUUUGACACCAGGGCUGCUUGAUCUAUUUCCAGUUCUGAGAAGGGUUUAUUUUUGGAGGAAAAGAGACGGAAAGAUUUUGCGACGGAAGGUGAUGUGUUUGUGGGAAGAUAUUCUCAAGCAAAGAAGAUCAAGAAAUGGAAGUAUUGAUAAGGGUCGAGAUUUCUUAGAUGUUCUUCUCGAAAAUGCAUUCCCGGACGACCUUAUAUGCUUCGUAUUAAUGGAACUAUUGAUUGCUGGAGGCGAUUCGGGAGUGGUAACAACAAUAUGGUUGAUGGUAGAGCUGAUGCGAAACCAGGACAUUUUAUCCAGGGUUCGUCAAGAGAUCGUAGAAGCCAUGGGAACAAAAACUACCGUGAUCAACGAUUCAAUCCUCUCCACAUGUGAAUAUUUCCAGGCAUGUGUGAAGGAAACCCUGAGACUCCACAUUCCAGCGCCAUUCCUGGUGCCCCAUCAGGCCCUGGAAAAUUGUGUCCUGAAUGAUUAUACAAUCCCAAAGGAUAGCAUAGUGCUGGUGAAUGCAUGGACUAUUCAGUUGGAUCCUGGAAACUGGAAAGAUGCCACAAGCUUUAAACCUGACAGGUUUCUUGGCUCGAAAGUUGAUUUCAGGGGAAACCAUUUUGAGUUUGUACCUUUCGGCUCAGGAAGAAGAAUGUGCCCUGGAUUUCAAAUGGGGUUCCGAAAUGUUCAGCUGGUGGUGGCGUGUUUAAUCCAUUAUUUUGAUUGGAGCCUUCCUGACGGGGAAAACCCUGAGAAUCUGGAUACAGCUGAUGUAUUGCAUGCUGGAGGAUUGAGGAGGGAGAAACCGUUGUUUAUGAUUCCAAGGCUUAGGGAAAAAUAUGUUGCUUGACGACGAUAUAUGUGCAUGAUAUUCGAUCUCUUUUCUGGAAAACGUGUGCAUGGUGAUAGCUUUCAACAUUUACUGUAUGGUUAUUUGUGUGGUAUGGUUUAACAGAAAUAAUGUGUUCACCAUGUAAUUUUACAGUUAUAUAUGAAAUUAAUGUGUUUAUGAUAUAUACACACAAACUCCAAUUA